AUGGCGUAUCCACAGAAAGCUGGGAAGACUGCCCCCCGACUAGCGGAGGAUAUUCGGUUGUAUGAUCCAGCGCAUCCCCCAGGAACUGGCCGCAACCUGCUCUCCGAAGUACCGCCAGUCUUCCAGGGACGUCAUGAUGGACCCCGAGACUGGAUCUCGUCUGAUGCGUGUCAACACAAGUAUUUGGUCAAGGCGAAUCAAACUUUUCUGGCGCAGGAAGAACAAAAACGAAGACCGGGUGCGUCAUCCAAGGUAUCUGCCAUUUGUUCGAGGUGCCGGUGCCAUCUUCAGGUAGUGGUCACUCAUAACAGUGGCGGGAAUGCCUUUCCACAACAAAUAAAGGAGGGCCAUAUCCAUCACUUGGUGUACAGAUCAGGAAGGCAGCAAGGCACAUCGUCCGUAGAAGUGACAGAGCAAGGGCAGAUGGUUGAAACAUAUCAUUAUCAAUGCUCUCACCUUUCAUGUACGGCAAUGGUGUCGCUGCGGAUUCUGUCGCCCCUCAUCAAUCCGCAGUUUACUUAUCUCUUGACGGAUCCAGAGACAAUUCGCCAGCGAGCCGAGGAAGCUAUUGCAGCUGAACCGGAGCGUCUGGAGGGCAUGGCCAAGCCUUUGCCUAUCAACAUCUUGGACAACCUGCGUCUGUACCUCUCCAACUCUUUACACAACAGUAAACUCAGCAAGGCGAUAUCUGCAAAUAACAAACGGUUCAUGAUCUCCUUUGGUGUGGAUGGUUUACCUUGUCAACAGCUCUUGGAGUUUCUCGGCUUCACGUACCGCGGGGAUCAAAGUUGGUUACCUCCUCAGCCAGACCCGAAAGCAGAUACCCCUUACCAAGACGCGCUUUGUGUGUUCCUGGACGACGUCAUUCAUGAACUGCUGACAUUGAUCGACCAACGGCCUUUAUCAGAGAGAAAGGGAUUUCAAUACCCUCGCUUGCCGCCAACCGCAUCGGACAGUAUCCUCCAAGCAUUGGAAUCCAUGGAUUGUCGGUACCACCACAUAAUUUGUAAAGAAGUGAAACUGACUUUGGAGAAGAUCCGAAAGCAUCCCGCGCCGAGAAGUUUGAAAUGGCCUACGCCCCGUUUGUACUACGAAGAUCUGGGAGCGGUCGAAGACAUGGACACUUCGUUGAUCAUUGACGCGUACCACCGCCAGGUCUCCUCGGACCCGUCAAGUGCACCUCACUAUCUGGAAUGUCUCAAGUCCAUCGGUAUGCUUCGUGGUGGCCAAGACUGGGAGACCAUUGACCAGGCUGUCCAGACCGCCUAUGCAGAAGGGAAGUACACAGCCAACGAUGUGGAAGCAGCAUAUAAGUAUUUCCAUCUCACAUGGGAGGAUUCAACCAUCACCGAAGAGAAUAUUAUUGGGAAGUACUACGCAUACCUGGGUUCUAUUAGCCAGGGUGACCAGGUGUUGGAAGCUGCCCGGCAUUUGUGGCGGAUUGGACACAGCAGAGGCAGCGAGCGCAUCAUGGCCGUUUCUGAAGAUCGCGUUGGUACUGCGGAACAGGCUGAAGUUUUCCUUGGUGUCGACGCAAACACCCCCGAUGACUUCAUCAUCACCAUGUAUACUGCAAAGCUUAACGAUAACCCGGCGUGCAAAGACUUGGCGGACAAGGCAGUCAAGCUUAUCGCGGAAGCUCGGGGCUCCAUUGGUCUGAAGCAUUUCCUUGAUACGGGUGAAACGGUGGAGGGAGAUAUGGACAUCGGCGAUGCAUACCGCUUGCUGCAGAUUCCAGACCGGACUGCAGACGCCGACGCCAUCAUGGCAGCGUACACCAUAUGCCUCGACGAAAACGCUGGCCAGGCUGAAACCUAUCACCGCGCUUUGAGCAUCAUUGCAAAAGAAAUGGACAACGUUGGACUGAAGAACUUGGCUGGUAUCUCUACCGAGCCAGAUCGUGACCUGUCGGAUUGGCCUGUCGGCCUGCAAAACAUUGGCAACACCUGCUACCUCAACAGUCUUCUCCAAUUCUACUUCUCAGUCCUCCCAUUCCGGGAUAUGGUUCUUGACAUCGAGAAACAUCAAAUGGAUUUGAACGAUGAAAGGAGCGUGGUACAGAAACAAGUUGGAUCUCGAAAGGUGGCCAAGAAAGAAGUCGAGCGCUCGCUCAAGUUCCUUGGGGAACUUCGUAACCUGUUUCAUGACAUGAUCAGCUCUCCACGAUCUUCUGUCGUCCCCAGCCAGGAGCUUGCACGAUUGACUCUAAUCGGUCCAGGAGGCGAAGCUGCGAUUCGUCGGAGGUCGACGAUAGGAAGGUCUUCAAGUUUGGGUGAAAUUUCCGGAGCACCUAUCAUGGGACCUCUCCGGCCCCCUCAGCGUAUCGCCGAGGAGCAGAGCGAGCAGCAAGCCUCCGAUGUGGAGCAAACGGCUACUACAAAUGACGUGAAUGUCAACGACUCGCAUAGCGAUGACACGUUAGUUUCCGAAAACAACGAAAGCAACCAACCGGGUGAAAAUGAAGAGACAGUCGUCCUUUCGCCAAAGACGGAGGAACCUGAAGGAGGCGUGGCGCUCGAACCCAGCAACGACACCUCGCCCAACCCCGAACCCCCAAAUCGCCCGCCGCCGAUACCCCCGCGUCCAGUGCCGGAAGCCGACCGUCAGAAACAGUUGAUCGAAGAAGUAGAAAUUGGUGCCCAGCAGGAUGUCACGGAGGUGAUCAACAAUGUUCUCUUCCAGAGCCAGUGCGCUAUCAAGCCUAUUCGAGUCGCUGCCGACGGUGAACAGGUCGAUCAGAUCAAAGAUUUGUUCUAUGGUCAAACUAGGUCCUAUAUCUCUACCGAAAACGGAACACGAUCCAAGGAAGAACGAUGGUGCGAUAUCAAAGUCGAUGUCGCCGGUGGCUCGCGGGAUAUUUACGCUGCCAUCGACGGUGCCUUUGAUGCUCAGAAAAUCAGUGUGGAGAAUACCGAAGCCGAGCAAUUCGGAUCUAUCACUCGACUGCCCCCGAUUCUGCAGAUCCAGGUUCAACGGGUUCAGUUUGACCCGGUGAAGAAGAGCUCUUUCAAGUCGACGCAUCACCUCGAUCUCCUGGAGACCAUCUACAUGGACCGAUACAUGGAUACGUCCAAGCCGGAAAUCGUGAAUCGCCGUCGCCAGUGCUGGGAAUGGAAGAGCGCUCUGAAGUCACUUGAAGCUCGCAAGGCGGAGCUGCUCCGAAAGCAGGAGGAUGAUGGGCUCAGUAUGUCCCAACUGUUCACCAAUGCCAAGGAAGCGCUUGAGGACUUCGAAGAGGUCACUGCAGAGGACCAAAUGCAAACCGACUCGCAGCUGUCCUCCGAGUUGGAUCUGCUCUCCGAAAGAGCAAACAGCGAACUCCAAGCGAUUGCCCAAGAAGCCCAAGACACCCAGGCGAUGAUCUCCAACCAGUUCGUGGAGUAUCAAAACCUUCCGUAUCGCCUGUACGCGGUUUUUGUGCACCAUGGCUCCGUCUCGUUCGGUCACUAUUGGAUUUACAUCUACGACUUCCGGAAGGACAUCUGGCGAAAGUACAACGACGAGUACGUGACCGAGGUCAAGAACCUUGAUGAGAUCUUCAAGAACACCGAUAAUUCCAACCCUCCCACCCCCUACUUCCUUGUCUACAUCAACGAGAGAAUGAAGGAUCGUCUCGUCGACCCUGUCUGCCGCGACAUCGUCCAGCCUAUGCCGGAUGCGCCGAUCGCCGAGAACCCCACGGAGGUUCCCGCCGCCAUGGAGGAGGAUGUUCGGACCACACCCCCCGCCUCCGAAGACGUGAACAUGGACCCGCCGUCGUAUGACGAGGCAGCAGGCGCGAAGGACGUUCCUCAGACCACCAUGGAUGAGAAACGUCCCGAGGCGCCCUGGUAA